AGAAGGGGGAGAAACGAGGGUGAGCUUAGCCAUUGGUAGAGUGGUACGGUCUGAGCACAGGCUGUGCCUUGUGUGGGGAAGACGAGCAGAACUGCAAGGAGUGGCAGGGAGGAGAGAGAGAGGAAGAGAGAGAGGAAGAGAGAGAGGAAGAGAGAGAGACAGAGUGGGGGAAGGGAGAGCAUCUUUUGCCUGAAUCCUUUACAAGCAUCCACCCCACAGUAUAAGCUACACAGGUGAAACAACAUGGACCGUCUCAACACCACCUCUCUCCCGUGGCUCCCUGACGCCGCCCCGCUGUCCCAGGUCUCCCUGCAGGUUCAGGAGGUGUACCCGUUCCACGACGGCUGGAACAUAGCGUGCUUCGUCAUCCUCCUCCUCUUCAUCAUCACAGUAGUCUCCCUGGCAGCUCUGGCCUUCCUCUACGAGCUGCUGGACUGUGGCUGCUGUGUCAAGGGGAAGACCCACCGUGACCUGAUGGAGGAGGAAGGUCCCUUCCACAACAUGGUGGAGAAGAUCCACAGUCCCACGGGGUCACAAACCGAGGUGGUGUAA